AUGUCCUUACCAACAAUAAAUCAUUUCCAGUCACUUGGGGUUACUCCCACUACUCCGUUCACCGACAUCAAACGGGCUUACAGAAAACUUUCCUUGAAAUACCACCCAGACAAGACGCCAGACAAAGCUCAUCACGAGAAAUUUAAAGAGAUCAAUUCUGCUUUCGAAGUGAUACGUGAUCAUUAUGAAAAAUUUAGCACCGCUUCGAGUGCACAAGUGCCUCCCUCGACUGCUGCACCCAAGGCAACUUUCUUUGCGUAUCAACAAUUUGCAACUUCGAACGGUGGCCAAACUUUUACAAACCGACAUUACUUUAGCCGCUUUUCAAACACCGAACAUACUGCGUCAAAUGUUCGCAACGGUGCACAUGCCCGUGGUCACACGAGCGAAGAUGCAUAUUUUCAAGCAUUUCACAAAUCUCAAGAACAACGAAGGAAAGCUUCUCAAGAAGCGGCCGAGGCCGCAAGAAGAGAUCGCGAAAGGUUGGUGGAGAUCCUCAAAGCAGAAGCAGAGGCGAAGAGAAGAGAAGAGAUGCAAAGAGCCGAAUCCAGGAGGAAAGAGCUUGAGAAGAUGGAGGAAGAGAGGAAAAGAAUGGACGCUCAGAGGAAACAGAGGCAGCCGUCGACAAACACAACAUCUUCUCCUUCUGAAGAGAUGAACGAUCCAUCAAAAGGUACAAAAAGCCCAUCAGGGCUAUCUGGUGACAGCUCAGAUGACGAAGAUGACCCUUUUGAGCAUAAACAACUGCACUCAAGUGGCGCAAAGAAGGACAAGGAAUAUCAGGAUGCAAAGCAAAGGCGGCGAGAUAUGGUUGAUGCUGCGGAAUUGGCUGACGAGGUUUUGAAAAGCCAGUUUGGCCUUGAUAGCACGGACAAAUAUUACAAGACCAGAAGUGGUAAAUCACGCGAUGGUAACGAAAAUCAUACGCCUCCUAGUAAACGACGGAAAGAUGACAAGUCUAGUCGCUCGAAUAGACCAAGAUCUGGAGCAGCUACAGAUCCAAUUAUAUUGGAGGACGAUUUUUCUGACAUUGAGCCGAUAGAAAUAUCUGACGGACCAGACAUUCAGGAUGAUGGUGUUAAUGCUGAUGACGAUGAAUUUGGAAUUGCCGAUGAAACAACACGUGAUAAAACUUUGAACAACGAGUCAAGGAAAUCUUUUAAUUCUAGUGCCACAGGAGCCAAGAAUGGCGAUCGUACAGCAACAGAGAGCACAACCGAUGCUGACUAUGAUCCGAGGAAAUUGGAUGAGUACAUACCACUAAAAGUGAAACCAAAGGUUCCUCCUAGAAGUGGCACAACUGUACUGUCGAGAUCAGAUUCCAAGCAAGCUUUUGUCUCGUCCCCAGGCAGAGGAAUCUCGCCAUCAACAUCCACUUACACGCGACAUCGUGCGACCUCUCCCCAUAAAAGAUCCAAAAUUAGUACAGACAGAGAAUUGUCUGCCUUCGAUAUGGGAAACUUCAAUUUGAAUGUGGGCGAUAUUGAAGAAGUUGACUACCGUGAUUUGGGAGAAAGUCUACCAGAUUCCGAAAAGAGAAAGCAACCUUCUAACGUGGGGAAUGUUGCAUAUAACACAAGGAGUACCCGCAGAAAUCAACCUCGUUUCACUGACGGAACUUCCAAGGCUGAAACGUUGUCUACACCGUUGAAUAAGAAUACCGUGCGUGGACAUUCUGUUACCAGUCCCACAACCAGUUAUGAGAAACUGAAUCGACCUGACUUGACGGUCCUAGACUUUCAUGCGUCUCCCAACGUUCACAACUUCACCUCACCUCAGCCACCAACACUUGAUUUUGGACCUGAUAUCAGCCGAAGCAGGUGGAAUCGUUACGUCAAGUCUAUGGUGAGUUACCAAAAGUCAUUUUUGGAGUAUAAGAAACUUAUAGUUCAGUAUCAGGUUGAAAGAACACAAAAGGACUUUGAGCAUUUUGACGCGGUGAAUGAUUUGAGCGGAGAUCAAGCAAAUUUGACGGUGUAUAGUACAUGCUUGAAGCGAGAUCUUGAAGUAAUGACUCAGUUUCAAGAGGCUUUACGUGUCUUCAGUUUUAAUAUGGAGAUGUUUAGGCAAAACUGUCUGUGGAUCAGCAAAGUUAGAGAAAAUGAUCCUAGUUGGACUUGA